AUGUUACCGACCGCUGAGCUGCGCUGCCUAUGGCUAGUAGUGGCGGCUUCGGUUUGUGGCGAUGCUGAUGGUGCGAUGGUGUGGCAAAAAGCAGCAGUUAUAGAAAUAACACCAAGUACCAAGUCAUGCAUAUCGAAUAGAGUUUUUUCCAUAGCUUGUGGUGGCGCAGCCAAAGAAGAAUGCAGAGCCAAUGCAUCAAGAUACGCAAUUGUCAUUCACGGAUGGAGAGAAAGUUGUCGAGAAAAAUGGAUAGAAGACCUUCAGACAAAUCUAGAAAUUUAUCGAGGAGGAUGCAUAAUUUGUAUGGAUUAUGAACUAGCAGCAUCACUUCCACAUUAUCUAAUGUUAACUCAUCAUGUCAAUAUAUUAGCACAAAUCCUCAAAGACAAGUUGGUAGAACUUGAAUUAAGAGGUUACGAUCCAAGCAAUGGUUACAUUUUCGGAUUCAGUCUUGGAGCUCGAAUGGCCAUAAGAGCUGGAACGAUAUAUGGAUAUCAGAGAUUAGGUGAACUUGAUGCUUGUGAUAUGGCUGGACCAGGUUUUGAUUGGUUCGAUAAAUUCGACCCCACUGUGGCAGCUAAAAAUGUCCAAUGCAUUCACACUAGCAAAGACAAAGGAACGUUAUCACGAAAUUGUCACCAGAAUUGGAAUAUGGGUGUUUGUGGAAUGUAUCAAUAUGCUUCUGGAAUUCUUCCUGGGACUCUGAGUUCGCACGGUUUAUGCACACGAUUUUAUAAUGCUGCUUUCAGUAACAAUUUCUAUGCAGAACAUGUCCCGGAACAAUGUAAUCUUGUAUCGACUGUACCGCAGACAUGGCCCCAUAACUAUAAAAUGGGUUAUAUGGAACGUCGAAAGUCAGACGUUCGUGGAGUAUUGUAUGCUUCAACUAUUAGCGAAUAUCCUUACACAACGAAUACUAACCAAAUUAUAGCAUAUCAAGUGCCACACAAUGUACAUAAACGGUUUACAAUGGUCAUUACGGAUCCGAAACAUUUUGUUCUUUAUUAUAGAUGAUAGUUUGUGUAAUUUGAAAAUGAACAAAAAAAAAUAAUAUUGUGUUA